AUGACUGAUUGCAGCGCACUUUCUCGACACAGCAAGCACGAUUUGACGUUGUACUGUAGUAAAGAAGCUGAUAAAGAAGUAGGGUUCAUUCGUCAAUUAUCUACUGAGGAAUUAAUUAGAAAGCGUCGAAAACCACUGAAAGCAAAAUACAAAUACAUAAUUUCUCUUUCACCCUUUGAACUUAAUCUCAUUGAGUCAUUUUUAUUAGAAAAACGAACUUUCGAUAAGUCAUUAAGUUGGAAUCAGUUAGAACAUAUGAAUGCAACUAUAUUAAACAACGCCAUGAACGAGGACAAACUUACAUUUGUGCUUUUUUGGAACAAAGAGAGUAUUCCAAGCAUGUAUGCAUUUUAUUUGUGGUCUCAAGCAUCGGAAUAUUUAGUCUCAAGUUAUCCAGACGCUGCUUUCGGCGGUGUGGCAUGUCACGACUGGGAUGACUUAUGCGAAGAUUAUGUCGCUAAUACUAACAAAUAUCCUGCGUUAUUUGUCUACAAAAAGAAUGCAAUUUUCGCUCAAACUCAAGCAUUUCGUGAUGAGAUGUACUACUUUGAUUGGGUUAAACUUGUGAUGCAGUCACCAGCUCAAGAAAUCCACUCAGAAUCUGAAUUAAAGCUAUUAAAAGCAGGUAAAAUGAAGUUUUUGGAUGACAAAGUUAGCACUACAGCAACUGUUGCAAUAUUCAAUGACUUGAAAAGCAAAGAAGCAAAGGUUUUUAUGGAAAUGGCAGAAAAUUUAAAAGGAAAAUAUCAUUUUAUUUAUUUGAUUAAAAAGAGAAAUUUAUUACAACAAAAUUUGAGCCAUGCCAAUAUCGUAUACACAAUCCGUACAGGCGAGGAAAGAAAGCGCAUAGAUUUUAAUGGUGUUUUUGAGAUUCAAGAACUGACUAAUUUCGUGAUAUAUUCAUCACUACCGUCUGUAGUAAGUACCUUUAUUGACAUAAGUGGUGGCUAUACAUCCGAAAUAUUAACACAUCAACGACAUCCAAUUAUACUUUUGCUGGGUGGUAAUAAAUUGCAGAAGACAAAGUUCUCCAGGAUGUGUACGAAAUCUUCGAACAUAAUUUGCAUAAGUAUCGAUAAAUUAAAGUUAGAUUCAACAAAAGAGAUACUGGAUUCACUUAAGCUUAGUCAAUCUGAGCAGUUCGUCAUCUUUUUACAAGACAAAGUACAUUCAGUAGAUAUCAGCGAUGCGUUGGAAAACGACAGUUUACUUCAGAUUAUUGCUUUUGUCGCUGCCGAAAACCCCACGUAUAUAUUAAAAAUGGAUGAUGUUCACCCACUUCGACAUCUACAAGUUGCACAAAUCAAUGCUAUUUUCGGCAAGCAAUCAAUCGAAAUCCCUACUGAAAUGCAAUUUAUUGAAAAAAUAUAUCAGAAAGAAGGGUUCAAAAUGGCUGAUGGCGAUGAUUAUGGUGGUUGUCCUGUAAUGGCUAAAAUUCGGCAAGCCUCAACGAAAGAUGAACUCUGA